AUGCAAGUUCGAGGUCCCCAACCAAAUGGAAAGAACGAGAGAUUGCCUUUUGUAGCCUUUGAAACUCCUUCACUGAAUCUUUCUGGAUUAAAUUCCUUCGCAUAUCACCCCACUGAGGUUUUAAGGUUGUAUCCACCAGUGGCUAUAAUGAGUCGAAGAACUACUCAAGAAACUAAAUUAGGAAAUUUAACUCUCCCGGCUGGAGUGCAAAUCACGUUGCCAAUAAUGCUGAUGCAUCAUGACCCUGAUAUAUGGGGCGAGGACGUGAAGCAAUUCAAGCCUGAGAGGUUUGCUGAAGGAGUAUCACAUGCAACAAAGGGCCAGGUUGCAUACUUUCCAUUUGGCUGGGGACCUCGCAUUUGCAUUGGACAAAAUUUUGCCAUGUUGGAAGCAAAAUUGGCAAUGUCUAUGAUUCUGCAACGCUUCUCCUUGGAACUCUCACCAUCUUAUACUCAUGCUCCUGGAACGGCUACAGCACUAAUUCAACCCCAGUAUGGAGCUCACUUGAUUUUGCAGAAGAUAAUAUAG